AGCUCAUCAAUUUCACGCCAAGACCGCCAACACCUUAGGGUAAAAGUUCUCGAUCCCAUCAGCCUUAGCGCAUUUCCAAUGCUUCUAAGUGAGCGUAACCCUGCGCAGGCGCAGUCGGCCACUCCCGACUUCCGGGCGUUACUUAAGGUAUAAAUAUGGCUGCGUCGGCGCGGAUCUGUCUCUUUAGGCGUCGCUCUCUUGGUGUGCUUGUUCUUGACCCGGUCGAUAAUUCCAGGUACUUUGUUGAUGGAGGAAAGAAGAGAAUCUACUCGGGCACCUACUGAAUAGUUACUUGACUAUAUACAGCCUGCUAAAAUUUUGGCUAUGUUAGGGCCUCGGCCAUUAGAAGCUGGGGCAAGCUUUUCUGCCUACUUAACUCUGUUUGGUAAAUACAUUUCUUUUGACAGGUUAUGUCUAGAUUUGAGAACCUUCAGCAUGGUUCUCAUUUUUUGAGGUCUCAACAGGUUUCCCCAGACCAUAUAUAAACCAUGUAUAAGUCAUUUUUCUGUUUCCACAGUCUCUGUAAGAUUAUAGUCAUAAGUUCAAAUCUGAAUUAAAGCAGAAUGUCUUUUUUGGAUCUGAAUGUCUUUUCUUGUGAUUUAAUGUGUGAGCAGAAGGCUGCAGGUGGGUCAGGAUAAACCCGGAGUGAAUGUUUGGUCCAUCGAAAAACUAAGAUUGUUCCUUCCUCUGCUUUGGUGAUAUUAUUACAGCAGUGUUAGAUAGGAAAAUGGUCAAAUGGAUGAGUUAUGUGGAAAGUUAGUCCCAAGUCAACAUGGACAGGCCUAACAGGGGCCUUAUGAUAUGAGGUAGACUGGUCCCUAGGUCAUAAUGGAAAGUUGAUGACUACUGCCUGCCUUGAUCAUGGAAAAGCCAUGAUGGGGUCACUGGGGAGAUGCCUUGAAGCCAUGUGAAUGAAUAAGAUCUUGGAGAAAGACAUCAGUUUCCAGGGUGAAGCUUGGAGAAACUUCACAGUUUACCAUCCAGGAGAGGAGGCCAGGAUGGAGGCAGAAGUCAACCUGAAAAGGACAAGAAGAUGCCACCCAAGCGCAUAGCUAAGAGAAGGUCACCCCCGGAAGAUGCUAUCCCCAAAAGCAAGAAGGUGAAAGACACUCGUAAUCGCCGUCCUGCUACUCGCUCGUGCCAAGUCUCACACAGGUCCCACAACACAGAACCAGGCUUGGUGCUGACACUGGGCCAGGGCGACGUGGGCCAGCUGGGGCUGGGUGAAAGUGUGCUGGAGAGGAAAAAGCCGGCCUUGGUGCCCCUUCUGCAGGAUGUUGUGCAGGCUGAGGCCGGGGGCAUGCAUACUGUGUGUCUGAGCCAAAGUGGCCAGGUCUACUCCUUUGGCUGCAAUGACGAGGGUGCCCUGGGAAGGGACACUUCAGUCGAAGGCUCAGAAAUGGUCCCUGGGAAAGUGGAACUGCAAGAGAAAGUGGUGCAAGUGUCAGCGGGGGACAGUCACACAGCAGCCCUCACCGAAGACGGCCGUGUCUUCCUCUGGGGCUCUUUCCGGGACAAUAAUGGUGUGAUCGGGUUGUUGGAGCCCAUGAAGAAGAGCAUGGUACCUGUUCAAGUACAGCUGGAUGCGCCCGUGGUAAAGGUGGCCUCGGGGAACGACCACUUGGUGAUGCUCACGAACGAUGGCGACCUCUAUACCUUGGGUUGUGGGGAGCAAGGUCAGCUGGGCCGUGUACCUGAAUUAUUUGCCAACCGAGGUGGCCGUCAGGGCCUUGAGCGACUCCUGGUCCCCAGAUGUGUGCUGCUGAAAUCCAGGGGGACCCGGGGCCGUGUGCGGUUCCAGGAUGCCUUCUGUGGCGCCUAUUUCACUUUUGCCAUCUCCCGAGAGGGCCACGUGUAUGGCUUUGGCCUCUCCAACUAUCACCAGCUCGGGACUCCAGGCACUGGAUCUUGCUUCAUUCCUCAAAACUUGACAUCCUUCAAGAAUUCCACCAAGUCCUGGGUGGGCUUCUCCGGGGGCCAGCAUCACACAGUCUGCAUGGAUUCCGAAGGGAAGGCGUACAGCCUGGGCCGGGCUGAGUACGGGCGCCUGGGCCUUGGGGAGGAUGCUGAGGAGAAGAGCAUGCCCACCCUCAUUUCCCGGCUGCCCGUGGUCUCCUCGGUGGCCUGUGGGGCUUCUGUGGGGUAUGCUGUGUCGAAGGAUGGUCGUGUUUUUGCCUGGGGCAUGGGCACCAACUACCAGCUGGGCACCGGGCAGGAUGAAGAUGCCUGGAGUCCUGUGGAAAUGACUGGCAAACAGCUGGAGAACCGUGUGGUGUUAACUGUGUCCAGUGGGGGCCAGCACACGGUCUUACUAGUUAAGGACAAGGCACAGAGCUGAUGAAGUCUUUGUGGGCCUGGCUUCUGGCCCCAGCCCAGCUUCACAGAACAGGAAAACAGCCAGCUACAGAUUCCAACCCUGAACAGAUAUCAUCUCCUGUCUUUUCCCAGCACCACAGCAGAAUCCUUUUUCUUCUGUUUUGUCUGUUCUCUUUCUAGAAACAUACUGGUACUUGUGGGAUGUGUGGGGAUGGGAGGAGGAUCUCAGAAGGAUCUUUGCUUACCAGAGGCUUACUUUAUUAGACCUUUCCCCCACCCCCCUUUGAUACUCUGCUUCCUGUGGUCCUAGCUGGCACUGGCUCAUUACCUACAAAACCCAAACCGGUAGCUUAAGACUACAUGCAACAUCCUGCCCCGGGGUUUUGCUGCCCAGACUCUGAAAAGUUGGGACUCCGUGAAGCCCUGCUUACCAUGAGCCUCUCUUUCUGUUCCUAACAGUAGUUUACAAGGGCACAGAUGGUUUGUAUUGUCAUCGGAUCCAGUUGUCAUGGACCCAUGCCUGGGGAGAUCUGGACAAAGGCUUUACAAGGCUCUGGGUGACCUAAGCCAAAUAUUUGGCUCUAAACAGGUGUCCAUGGGCAAAAACACUGACCCACUUGAAAAAAACCAACGUCCUCCCAAAAGCACAAAGCACCCCAGUAUCCCUUGGGUGUCACCUGUCCCUUCCCCAUCAGCCUUUCUGCCAUAGAGGACUGAAUAGCCAUGCUGGGCUCGGCUGGGCAGUCAAGGCAGGGUAUUGGGAAAGGGGUGGGAGUUGUUUUAUAACAGCGCUGAGGGAGGAGUGGAGGGGCGGAGGCUGGUCCUAAGGAAAGUAACAGUGGCUGAGAAAAUAGUUUUGAAUUUUUUUUAAUUGUAUAAUAUUUUGGAGGGGAGAAUAAAAUCUUGUAACACUUUGAAUAAACUUAGAGUUUUGUAAAAUGG